CAAAAGUGUCGUACGGUACACGGUCUUGGGUCACUUGGGUUGAAAUGGCGUCGUCAAGUGCAUUUUCCAUUCCUCCAUGAUGGUCGCGCAGCCGUCGAGCUUGAAGCGCUGCUUGUCGCCCGCCGCCGACGGCGACAGCAAGCGCUGCAAGCGCGAGGCCUUGUCCAAGCUCACGGACAAGUUCACGCUCCAUCGUGGCCGACUGCACAAGCUCGUCGUGCCCGCCGACACGUCGAUCUGCAACAAGGAGAACGUGCCGCCGAAGGUCGCAACGGACACGCCGCUCGACGUCGACGCUGCGCCGUGGGCGCCCAAGGCCAAGCAGCACUUCCGCGUCGUGACCACCGACGAUCGCAACUACUACGUCGCUGCCUUGUACACGCUCACCAACAACCUCGGCCUCGCCCACGAAACUGUCCACAUGGCCAUCGACCUGCUCGACCGCUUCCUCAAGGUGCAGCCGAUCACGAUCCAGUGGCUCGAGGUCGUCAGUAUUGCGUGCAUCUGGAUCGCUUGCAAGUUCAACGAGACGCAGGCCGCCAUCGAGAGCCUCCGCGUCAAGCAGAUUUUGCAGCAGCGCCACCGCCGCGGCAACUGGAGCUGGCACCACGUGCUCGUGAUCGAGUGUCAGAUCCUCAAGCGCCUCGGCUUCCGCAUUUUGCACCCGACGAUGCUCUCGCGCUUCCAAAAGUUGCCAGCGAUGGCCGAGAUGACGCCGACGCAACUCGCGGACGCUCUCUACUUUAUCGACCUCACGCUCAUGGACGCCAGUUUCCGGUCGUUUUCACCGACCGAUGUGCUGGAAGCAGUCGUGUUCCUUACGACCGAGUUCAAACCCCAACAAAACUUUGACUUUGAGGGCGUCGAGCCGCGUCUCCGCGAGCCGCUCACGGGCUUCUUCAUGCAGCACCUCCACAUCCAGCAAGAGCUCGCGGACGGCGAGAAGCUGCACAAGUCGCUGCACUGCAAACACGGCGCGGCCAUGUCGCCCACUUGGCGGCUCAUGGCGUCGACGGCGCCGUGCGUGUGCCGUAUCUGCACCAUGGCCCCUGCUGCUUAAAUUACGCUGUACCCUAUUACUAUUAUGUUAGAGUUAGACUUAGAACAAUCUUGGAUCAAUAUUAUUUUGUGAACUAUGGACAAUUCACGAC